GGAGCUCGAGUAGCCCUCUGGAGGUGGGGGAACUGAGAGCCGUGGCACUUUCACAUUCGGCCCACACAGAACUGUCCUCCAGGCUUCUGGGAACUCGGGGACGUGUAGCCCAUGUCGGGGCUGGAAGUGAUGGCCCGGUGAUGGGCUCUCUUUCAAGAGAGGGGGUUCCACCAGCGCAGAGAAGGAAUGGGCCAGUGGUGAGUUCUGGACUGCAGCUGCUGCCCCUGGACUCUGGCAAGAUGUCGGGCAAGAGCUAGGCUCCCUGGUCCACGCGGAUCCUGCGGGCACAUCUGUCCCCUGGGAGGCUCCUCUUGGAGAGCAAGAUGCUGGUCAACAGCACUGCUGUGUCAUUGGCCAGUGUGGCCUACAUCACUGUGGAGAUUCUCAUCGGGCUCUGCGCCAUAGUGGGCAACGUGCUGGUCAUCUGGGUGGUCAAGCUGAACCCCAGCCUGAAGACCACCACCUUCUAUUUCAUUGUCUCCCUUGCCCUGGCUGACAUCGCUGUUGGGGUGCUGGUCAUGCCUUUGGCCAUCGUCGUCAGCCUGGGUGUCACGAUCCACUUUUAUAGCUGCCUUCUCAUGACCUGCCUGCUGCUGAUCUUCACCCACGCCUCCAUCAUGUCCUUGCUAGCCAUUGCCGUGGACCGAUACCUGCGGGUCAAGCUCACGGUCAGAUACAGGAGGGUCACCACUCAACGAAGAAUAUGGUUGGCUCUGGGCCUUUGCUGGCUGGUGUCAUUCCUGGUGGGCCUGACCCCCAUGUUCGGCUGGAACGUGAAACUGACCUCAGAGUACCACCGGAACCUCACCUUCCUUUCCUGCCAGUUCCGUUCCGUCAUGAGGAUGGACUACAUGGUCUACUUCAGCUUCUUCACUUGGAUUUUCAUUCCCCUGGUUGUCAUGUGCGCCAUCUACCUUGACAUCUUCUAUGUCAUCCGGCACAAACUCAAUCAUAACUUCUCUGGCUCCAAAGAGACAGGUGCAUUUUAUGGACGGGAGUUCAAGACAGCCAAGUCUCUGUUUCUGGUUCUUUUCUUAUUUGCCUUGUCCUGGCUGCCUUUAUCUAUCAUCAACUGUAUCAUCUACUUUAAAGGUGAAGUGCCAGAAGUUGUGCUGUACUUGGGCAUCCUGCUGUCCCAUGCUAACUCCAUGAUGAACCCUAUCGUCUAUGCUUAUAAAAUAAAGAAGUUCAAGGAAACCUACAUUUUGAUUCUCAAGGCCUGUGUGAUUUGCCAGCCCUCUAAUUCCUUGGACCCAAGCACUAAGAAGCCUUCUGAAUAGUUCAUGAAAGAGGACCGUCCAUCCCAUUGACCUUGGGAUUCGACAACAACAAACACUUGAGGGUCUGUCCACCUGGGCCAACGGCUCACAUGUCUUUGCUGCCUUCCACUCAGGUGGGAAGCGUUUGGCUGGCUGCCUCCAAUUGCACCUUCCCUACGAUCUAAUUCAUUUUCUUUCUCGUCCUUCUUUUCGAUGUUCUGGAUAUCUGACUUGAGGACAGUGUUCUACUGCUACGGCUGCCUGUGCCCCUCCCUCCCAAACAGAAGUGAUGGAGUUUGAAGGAUGCCUCCACUGACAUCCUGACCAAAGGCGCCCAAUCAGGCUGGAUACAUACCCGAUGCUGACCCAGUUCUACUCCACCGUGGAACUAGGAGGACAACCCUGCUCUUGGCAGAUGCCUGCAAGAUGGUGGGAAUGCAAGGAAUGAACUGAGUUUAAGGGGGACUUAAAUUGCUGAACUCACUUGUCAGUGUAUUUGAGUAAAUAAAAGAGGAUAACUA